GUUCUUGCGCCCGCAUAUCCUCUGCCUCCAUCCAAACCCAUUUCGGGAUUCAGCGACCAGCGAGCCAUCUAAAAUGUCUUACGAAUUCAUUGCGCCGUAUUUUGACAAAUUUGAAAAGAUGCAAUCCAUGCUUAAAGUGUUUGCCAGAAAGGAUAUACCAGCACCAUUCCUGGCAGCAUUUUCAGCGUCAUUUCAAAGGGUUGUCGCGUUAUGGGAUGCUCCUAGCCGGCCGCUGAGCGAGGAAACCCGCAAGAGACGCAGACUAACAAAGGCCUACUUGCUUAGGAUCUUGGAUCUUGGACUCGAUGCCUUCUUUUUAUGCACGCUCUCCAUGUCCGUAUCAAAGCUAGGCAUAAUAAAAAACAAGAAGAGGUUUUGUGAGGCUGUUCGAAUAUGGAUGAAAGAAAACCCCAAUAAACUUCCACCGUCUUUUCACGAUUUCAUUCAUCAGCUUUACACAAAGCAUCAAACAUUUAUAGAAGAAAGACUCAAAGAGCAGAGAGAACAAAACUCGUCAUUGGGCGCAGACAGUGAUUCAGAUCUCGAGUGGUUGUCGCAUCGUGUGCUUCAUCGCCAUAGUACUCCGCUGGAAGUGAUUGAGGUUGUCACGUCUCGAGGCAACACGCCAACCUCCAGUGUGAGCCGAGACUUGGAUCACCACAUUUCCACGCCCCGCAGAUGCAGCGAGGAAGCGCCAGUCUUGUCAAAUGACCAAAAUGCCGAGACCCCUCUAGCUGAGGCCCCUACAGCUGAGGCCCCUACAGUCAAGGCCCGUUCAUUCAACAAAUCAACUGCCUUCGCAUUGGAACAUGCAGAAAGUCUUGCCGUGUCUGGACACGCCAUCUACGCUCUCACGGGGGAUACCAUCAGCGGACCUAUCCAUCUCACAUUGCCAGCGGAUUCAACCACCCACCCAUUCUUGGUAAUUCCGAUCAAACCAGAAGCGGCCUAUCAUAUUUGCAAGCUUGAAAGUAGAGGUGCUUUACCCUAGGCGACCUUGACUAUUCCUAUUUUACAUCUCUUUACACUCUGUUUAUCAUCAUUCACUCCAUAGCAAACAAAUCCUAAUUCCUGCUCCCACGGCACAAUAACAGUAUGUAGGUUGAAUUGAAGUGGUGCGAUUGUUUUU